AUGGACCAGAAGGCUUUGGAGGAUUAUGUGAACCUUCCUGACCCUCAUUACGGUUAUACCCUUGUUUCUAAAGAGGAGCACCAUGACUCCACUGUCUAUACCAUCAAUAUGACCUCACUGAAGUGGUUGGAUGAUUCUGAAGUGGAUAAAACAAUCUGGUGGCAUAUGGUGACCAUCACUACACCCAAAGUAUAUAAGAAUGCCCAGAUGAAGAAAUCGUGUUUCCUUUUGCUUGCUGGUGGAAGAAAUGACGGUCUAGAAAAACCUGCUGAAUACUCUGCUGAUCAGAUUAGAACUCUAGCAGUCACAACUGGAUCGUACAAACAUCCUUUUGGGAUGAAGAAUAUAACAGAAAAUAGUUUAUUUGCAUAUGUUUUAUGGAGAUUUAUUAAUGAUCCAACCACUGCACUGGACUGGAUCAUCCAAUUCCCAAUGGUCAAGGCCACUGUACGAGCCCUGGACACAGUUGCAGAUUUCUUGCUGAAGCAGACUGGUGAAGAUAUACAAAUCACCAAAUUUAUGAUACUAGGCUCAUCCAAGCGUGGAUGGAUUGCUUGGCUGACUGCAGCCAUUGACAAGCGUGUGGUGUCAUUUGUCUCAGUCGUUAUGGACGUCCUGAAUAUUGUUGAGAAUUUACAUCACCAGUUCAGAUCAUAUUGUGGCUGGAGUUUCGCACUGGCACCUUUCUACUACAUCAACAUUACUCAACAGAUCGAUCAUCCCCGUUUUGAACUUAUUGCUUCAAAUAUCGACCCUUUGAAAUAUAAUGAGCUUUAUAUAAACAAAACAAAGUACCUACUUGUGGCAUCAGGAGAUGAAAUGGGCCAGCCUGACAAUUCUUAUUAUUAUUUUAAUCAGCUAACAGGAGAGAAAUAUCUCCGGAUCAUCCCAAACAUGAACCAUGACUUAGCUUUCUAUGAAGACAGUAUUGGAAUUCCAAUCGCCACUUUUUACUUUAUCACCAUGCAGAAUCAACAGCAUCCCCAGGUCCAUUGGAACAGGACUGUGAAAAAUACUGGAGGAACUAUUUACUUUUCCACAGACCAGGAGCCUUCAUUGAUCUAUGCUUACUAUGCUAACACUAAUGAUGACACAAGGAGAGAUUUCAGGAUGCACGUGUUAUCUGGACAAAAAGCUAAAAGGAAUUCUAUUAAGUGGAAUCGUGCUAAGGUGAAGAAAGUGUUCCCAACAUAUCUCACCAUUGAGUGUCUAGCUGAACAGAUCCUUCAUCAGUCAUCUCUGAAGAAGAGCACACAUGUUUAUAAGAAAGAAAUCAAAUAUCCAGACAAAGGAUGGACAGGAUUCUUCAUUGAGGCUACAUAUUCCGGCUUUGAGGAUUCCAGCGAAAAAUUAAUAAUAACAUCUGAACUUCACAUAAUUCCAGAAACUUUUCCAUGUGAGGACUGUGUCAGAGAAGAGUGCUACAGCAAACUGGUCUGAGAAGGUUCAACUAAAAUGGAAGAUGCUUUUGAAUGAUCAAUAAGAAGACUCAGAAAAGGGGGAGCCA